AUGCAUCAUGGUGAGCGUGUGCCUUCCGACAUGGUAUAUGAUCGAUACAGUGUUGUCGACAAGGACGCGUUACAUUAUUCGCCAGAUGAAAUAGAACAGAAGAUCGCUAGACAGCGAGAGGAGCUUCUCCGUCAAGAAAUGAUGCUACGGCGGUCGGAAGCAGUUGACAACUGGCCUGCUAAUGGUAUUGCACCACAACCAUUGCUUGCUCAAGCACGAUCGCAUCCCCAUUUGCCAUUUAGCGGUGACCUAGGAAUGCAUGAUCCAAUUCGGCCUUUGAUAAGUCCCAUACCGCCGACUGUGGAUCCAAUGUUGUUGGAGCAGCAGUUUCGAGUUUCACGUGAAGAUGAGUUGCGAGCGAAAUUGGAAGCAAAGGCCCAAAAGUUGGAAGAGGAGAAACGGCUGAGGCAGAAAGAGGAGGAACUGGAGCGCAGAAUGCAAAGGGAACUAGAAGAAAGGAAGCGAACAAUGGAGGAGGAAAUACGUAAACAAGUUCAACUCGAGGAACGGGCUAGAUUACAAAUGGAACUCGCGCGAACACAGCAUCCAGCUCCCUCUGUCCAGCCAUUCUCUACAUUCCCAGCCCAAAAUCGGCUUAGUUCUUCCUAUACACCGCCACCGUUUCUUUCUACAUUUGCCUCAUCGUCGGCAAUGCCAGGGAACAGUGAAUCCAAUGGCGCCGCCUAUACCUCAGCACCGGAUUUCGAGAUGGAGGAAAUAAAACUUCUCAUCAAAGAGGUCGAGGAUAAACUCCUGGAAUUGCAGCGCAAUUGCCGUGAAGCCGAAUUGUCAUCUAUUUUCCAAUCCCGAGCGUUUCGAAUGAUAGGAGAGCUUGGCGAUAAUGCUCACAUGCUGGAUCGAACUCAAAAGCAGAUGCUGUUGUGCGAGUUGAAGGAUCUUCUAAGCCAAGCAGGGUUGAAAUCGAGGGACAGUAAAGCCGCUGAAAGGCGCAGGAGCCGUAGCAAAAGCAGAGAUCGAGGAGCACGACGUAGAAGUAGUCGUGAUAGGCGCGAGCGGCGCCAGCCGUCCCGGAGGUCGCGAUCAAGGUCACCCAGAAUUCGCAAUACUUACAAACAUGGAUUAUCCAAGGAAGAGGACCCCUUCAAAGAAGUGCGACUCCAAGUGGGUGGAGUCACUCUGCGUAACUUAUCGCCAAGUGAACAACGUCAUCUAAAAGUGGGAGAAAUAGUUGUUGCCCAAGACACCAAGACAGGAAAGUGGACAACGUCUCGCCUGGCAAAGAUAUCGGGGAACAGAGCCACUCUCUGUAUCGGUAAUACUACGUGGAAAAAGGAUCUCAAUGAGUUGUACAAAGAAGUCCCUGAAAGAUCAUUCUGA